AUGGCGCAUCUUUUAGGAACUAAUUUAGCAUUGUGGUUUUGGACUCUGUGUUCUGAAGAAGUCGAUGAGUCUGUUGCGUGCAAAAGCUACCCCGUACCGCUUGGAAAUACCGAGAAAUAUUUUUCGCCACUUUUCGUAGAAUAUUUACUGAUAGCAGCCAGUUUGUUUUACCAAAUAUGGCAAGAUUUGUUACCGACUCAGGCGGUCGCAGCGCCACACUGCCGAACGUGCGCUUGUCAAGUUAUUGCGGAAAACGAUGAUGCGGAAAACGUUGAUGCGGAUCAACGGCGUGACGAAGGUCGUGGCGCGGACAGAAUAAGGAGGGGCAUGUCUAGGAACUUGGGACUUGGUAUCGUCAUGGGUUGUUGCUUUGGUGUCGUGUUUAUUAUCCUGGUCAUCGCAUCAACCUACUCUGGGAAGACACAUCGAAUCUAUCACAUUGCAUAUCCAGGCGGAAUUAUAACCCUUUACCUUAUACAAAUUGUCGCAUGUUACAUCAUUUUGUUAUCUGCACAGUCAUUGGCUUGGGAUGCGCAGAGAACCUCACUGGACCACGAUGAUGCUUUGCUGUACAUUUCGCUUGUCGGUAGUCUUCUGUGGGAGGGAUUUCAUCUGUACAGCUUGGCGCUAAUUGAGAUUGACCCAAAAAUUGAACCCGAGUCACUUCCAAACGUUCGCCACAUAGACAUCGCCGCAGAUGCGCUUGCUAUGCUACAAUAUGUAUUUCAAACGACCAUACUGAUAAAUCUUCGCCGACAUCAGCCGACACAAGGUCGUAGAACGCCGUGGAUCAGCCAAUGUCUUCUAUUCUUGUUGACCACCAACAUUGGCUUGUGGAUUGAAAAUUCAUUUUUCGUUGAAAUUAUCAUUACAACGCCCGGGGAAAAGUACACUUCGAUUCAGAAAAAUUUAAAACCCAUUGGAUACAUUCUACAUCCGCUGAAUAUAUUUUUUAGAUUUCAUUUCGCCGUUUGCUGCCUCAUCGCCUGGUCGAUUUUUAGAACUUGAACGAAAUUAAAUCAUA